ACGACACCGGCGAUAGUGGUGUCGGUGGCAUCGACUCCGCCGAUCGGUACGGUGGUGCGUUUGGUGCGGUUGGUGAGGGUGUUGGUAGUGGUGUAGCGAAGCCGGAGGUUUCUCGUGACAGGGAUACUCGGUCGGGUGAGCGCGUCCUGGUGGACGACGACCAGGACGACCAACGGGUUCGCGGCGAUAGCUACGGAACGGGACAACCGCGUCAACAUGCCGCGCUGCCUCAUGGCCAAGAAAUGGAAGGCCUACCCUUGGCCGGAUCGCGUGGACGAUCCCCAGGAGGAGCAGGCCGACCCCUCGGGCAUGCUGCAGGAGCACACGUCCCCGAGCCAUACGGGGAUUCAACAGAUAUCCGCCUCCAUGGAGAAGAGGCAGCACAGGCAUGAGCCCGAAGACGAGGAGAUCGACGUGGUCGGCGACACCGACUCUAGGCAGGUCGAUCAUCAGCAGACCUGUUGGGGUCCGCACAGUCCUACCGCCGGUGCCACUGCACCUAGCCCGCCGCCUCUCAACGCCUCCGGUGCUCUUUACUAUCAUGGAUACACGCACGAAUCGUGGAUCAACCACGAGGAGCCUCCAAAAUACGCGACCUUGCGUUCCGCAGCGGAGCUGGCUCGGCCAGUGGUGCCAUCUCCGCCUCCUCCGACAUCGCAGCAGGAAUUACCGGUGGUGGUGACCGGGUCGAGUUUGCACCAGGCCCACCCGGUGGCCCCAACGACGACCCCUUCGUCGUCCACGUCGUUGAGUCUGCCUCCCAGGAAGAGCCUGUCGAUGUGCUUCACGAGCACCGGGACUGCGCUCUCGUUGCCCCCGAAGAAAAAGGACAUCUAUCGGCCGUACAGUCUUCAGCCUACGUCGGAGAUCCGGACGUCGGCCGAGGAGGAUUUGUCCGCUGCGCAGGCGAUCCUCGACCUGAGCCUGCAACCGGCUCAACAGCAGCCCAUACCCGUCUCGGUGCUGGUCCCGGUGCCCAGCUCGCAGACCAGCCAGCUGCGACAACAGGAACAGACGCCGCAACCUCAGUCACCUGCCACCGCCGAGGUUAACGCCAAUAACUGCUCCGCUGCCAGGGACGGCACCAGCGGCAGUAGCAAGACGGUCGCGUACACGUACGAGGCGUUCUUCGUGUCGGACGGGCGGUCUAAGCGUCGGGGCAACAGCACGAACGGGGCCGCUGUGCCCGACAAGGAGGCCACCCAACCGGACCGACCGAAAUUCACGUGCACGGAGUGCGGCAAGCAGUACGCCACGUCGUCGAAUCUGUCCCGACACAAGCAGACCCAUCGGAGCCUGGAUUCUCAAUCGGCCAAGAAGUGCAUUCACUGCGGCAAGGCGUACGUGAGCAUGCCGGCGCUGGCGAUGCACGUGCUCACCCACAAGUUGGCUCACAGUUGCGGCGUCUGCGGCAAGAUGUUCUCCAGGCCUUGGUUGCUGCAAGGCCAUUUAAGAAGUCACACCGGGGAGAAGCCUUACGGUUGCGCGCAUUGCGGCAAAGCGUUCGCCGAUCGCUCGAAUCUUCGCGCCCACAUGCAAACGCACUCGGCGGACAAGAACUACGAGUGCUCCAGAUGCCACAAGACGUUCGCGCUCAAAUCAUACCUGAACAAACACCUGGAGUCCGCUUGUCUGCGGGACGACGAGAUGCCUCCGCAACAGCAGCAGCAGCAGCCACAGCAGCAACAGGCGGCUGGAAACAACAACGCGGCGCAACAUCAGCAGAGCAACAACCGUGGUUUGUAGCAGCGCUUCGACGACAAGACGGGCAGCAUCAGGCGUCUGGACGCCCUUGGAGAGGUUGAGAGCUAGCGGUCGUUCGUGGCGACUCCCGGGUAAAGCCGGGCCUUGACAGAAUUCACGAGGACGAGGAUAACGCAUAAGGUUUGCCGUAGGUUUUAAGUAGAAAAGUGCCAGUAGAGAAUUGGGGAAUAGAGAAGUAAACCGUGAGAUGUAGCGUAAAGAGGCAGGGGAGCAGUGAUGCGAGACGAGAGGAGGGUGUAGAGGAGGUGUCGGUUUCGUAAAUAAUGUCUAACAUUAAUAAAAACGUCCAAUAAUGUUAAGUCUUAAAACGGGGGAAAAAAGGAGAAACAAAACGAGAGAAACGAGAACAAAGAACAAAAAACGUCGAACGGUGACGUCCACACUGCAGUCUAGUCACUC